CGAAUUGUCAAAGGAGCGAUCAGUGAGAAAAAUGGAAAUCCAUUUGACAAAGUUCACAAACUGAAAUUUGUUGUUAAAUAUGUCAUACUCGAAGAAUACACAUAAAUUAGCAGAACAUAGCAGGUUAGACACGCCAAUACCUGGCCGGAAUGAAGACGAAGGAGAGGUAAAUGCUUGUAACCCAACGGAGAGCCGCACUUAUUCUGUAACGGUUUCGAAAAAGCCAUCGCCUUCGAGCGCAGACGACGCCGCCUUGUGUUCUGGACAGAAGUCUUUCAUCAGCAUACAUUCCACCGACCAAUUAUGUCAAGUGGCUGAUAUAGACAAUCCAUCGAUCCUCGAAGAAUGUAACGUGGAAGUUCUUAGUUUGAAUGAGGUGUUUCCUUCCACGUCUGAAGAGAGCUUAUCGAACGACGAAGACAUCACAAUGAAGAGAAAGCAAAAGUCCAAGAAGAAGUCACCGACACGAAAGGCAACCGAGCACUUGGCGAAAACAGCAUACGUGCCAAGCAAUAGCAAGUCGUCGACCGUGUCAGGCCGGUACACUGACCCAUCCGAAGGGCAGAGGUCAGAGUUCGAUAUAUCGAAGAGCACACUCUAUGUGGUGGGUAGCAACCCUGGCGAACCGAAGAUAUCGUAUCAAGACCCUCCGAAGAAAAUAUCCAAAACGAUGAAAAAAUACCUUAGAAACUUCGACAAACACAAGAGCGACAUGGGUAAAGCGGGGGAGAAAGCGAUUAGCAAGCUGACAACAAUGCGAGGUAUCCUGAAGGACGGGCGCUGCGUGCCCGAGUGUACCGGGGACUCCACCGCGCAGGGCCAGCCGGAAUACACCGAACAAGACCUGACAUUUCCCUUCCAAACGGAUUUUUGUUCCUACUCUACCUACACGAAGCAGAAUCCAGAUAAAAACGUAACAUUCAACACACAAGUGGUGAUCAUCCACUUCCGAGGCGACAACUGCGUCGGCCAAAGCGUGGAAGCCCUAAGCAAGGAAAAGGACCAACAGGCCAGAAACUCCGAACUAAGGAAAACAUUCUUAACCAAAUACAACGAAUUUUGGCCCACACAAAAAUAAUUUUAAGUCUAGCUUUAAUUCCCAAUCGUCUUUAGUCGUAACGAUGAUCCAGUAAUAAGUUUGGAUAUUUAAUAAUAUAGUGUUUUAUACUAAUAUUUAUUUACAAAAUAUUGUACAGUGUAUAAAUUAUAGGAGUUGCGUUUUUGUGUCGCGUCGUUUGGCAAAAGACAGAAGGUAAUCUACAAUUUAACUCUAAAUACGAAAGUGUUAACCUUUCCUGAAUAAAUAUUUACCUUUAAAUGAUUCUGAAAAAAAAAAUAGUGUACUUAGUAACUAUAACAUUUCCGUGUGGUAAUGAUAAGCUGGUAACUCCAUGUGACAAGUUACGCGAAUUUAUGGUAUUGUUAAUUUAUUUCCCAAAUUGAAAUAAACGUUACUUAAUUACA